AUGGGAUGUUUCCUCCACAGGGCCCAGCAGCUGGAAGAAGAAUCGAACGAUCUGAAAAACACAGCGAGUCAGUUAAAGAGCCAGACAGAGAAACUGGACGAGGAACACCAGCGAAUCACAUACAAACUGGAGGACACAAGCCUGCGUUUGAAGGAUGAGAUGGACCUUUAUAAGAAGAUGAUGGACAAGAUGAGGUGGAACAGACACGAGUUUCAGGAGGAGCGGGAUGCGAUGCAAGAGUUAAUUGAAGAUCUUCGGAAAGAGCUGGAAUAUUUACAGUUGUUUAAGUUGGAGUCGGAGACACCGGGCUGGAGUCGAAGCCCAACAUGCAGUGCGAUCGAACUGAGCUUUCGCAGCAAGGAGAUGGAACUGGAAUAUGAAGCCAAGCGACUGAGACAGGAGAAUUUGAGGUUAAAAGAACAAAACGAUGAUUUAAAUGGGCAGAUCCUCAGCCUCAGCUUAUAUGAAGCAAAAAAUCUAUUUGCAGCUCAAACAAAGGCCCAAUCCCUGGCAGCAGAAAUCGACACAGCCACACGUGACCAGCUGAUGGAAGCUCUUCAGGAGCAGGAGGAGAUUAACUUGCGAUUGAGACAAUAUAUGGACAAGAUCAUCCUGGCCAUCCUGGAUCACAACCCCUCCAUCUUGGAAAUCAAAAAAUAAAAUCGUGAUAUACGAAGAAUGAGAUUUCUCAUUUCUACAACAGGUUAAAGAAUCAAAUUGUAUAAAGCUACAUCAGCAAGCUCUGAUUUCUGUAUCUUGUACCGUGUUUUAUCCAAUAUUCCUGUGUCACAACCUGAUUGUUAUGGGGUUUUAUUGGCACACUGUCUGUUACCUGCUGUAGUUUAUGACCCCAAUCUGUAAAUAAAUCCUUUCCUCCCAGCAUGUUCAAA